CUGCCUAUAAUACACAGGCCCAAGGCAAGAAAUUACCGCCCAAGGAGAAGGAGAGCGCAGGGAACCGGCUGCUGAACAUGCUGAGACAAACUUUUCAUGGGUCUGACAGUGAAGAACAAGUGGUAGCACGUGAAACACGAACUCUGGUGCCAUUUGGGGAUGUGGUUGGCUGCCUGGCUGUUCGUAUAAAGAGUUGCAGACAAUUAGUACCUAAAAUCAGUGUGCAUCAAGAUAAUUUGUUCAUUCGGAUAUCAAUAAACACCAUUGUGAAAUGUACAAAAACUUAUCAUUUGACAUCCAGUAGCAAUGAAAAGAACCCUGUAAUUAUAUUUAGUGAUGUGAAGUAUUUUACUAUACAGGUUCCCAGACGUCAAGAGGAUGAGCGCAAUAAAAUUUUGUUGGAACUAAUGCAAUAUGUCAAUUCAGAAAAUAUUCCUUUUCUUUUAGGGAGUGUUGAAGUACAUCUUUAUGAAGUAAUCCAAAAAGGGUGCUUUACCGAAGAAUUACACAUGUUGAAGAAAAAUAAAUUUGUCUGCAAGUUGGAUGUGGAGUUUAUGUUCACCUAUGGAAACUUUGGGUAUGGAUUUUCACAUCAGUUAAAACCUCUUCAGAAACUUAUUGAGCCAUCUAUGUUUAUGAAGAUUACACCACCCCCGGAGAGAACAGAUCCCCAGACAAAUGUUAUUACACCCCAGCCAAUAGGUUACCCAGCAUUCUUAUCCCAGGACCUGAAUGUUACUGUUGGAACUCAAACUGAUAAGAAACAUUCCAUCCAGACACCUACAGUGCAACUAGAAAAGCUUCAGCAACAGCCCCGGGAAAGGCUGAAAAAAAUGAAAUCGAUGUAUAGAAACAUGCAAACAUGGACAGAAAAAGCUGCCUAUUUAGAAAGCAUCAUUAACCCCAAAAUGGAGACUAAAGAUUCUAAGGGGCACUCAAGCCCAACACAAGCAGACUAUGUUCCUGUUAUAUACAAGACAUCUGAAACUACUGCAGCUGAGGUUUCAUUCCCCACUGUCCCUAUCCUGGAAAUAACACAAGAUGACGAAGUAAUACCAUUAGGAUAUGAAACAGAAGCCAUGCCGGAGGAAAAUGAGAUAAAAGUGUCUGCACUUCCAUCAGGAGGACAUUUGAAAGCUCCACAGCUAUGCAUUUAUACAGAUACACCAGGCUCAUCUCAACCAGAGCCAGCCUUCUGGGACAUCUCAACAUGUCCCUGUGCUGUCGCCGAUGGCGACACGAGUUCCCCAACCGAUGGGCGGCUAGGCCGAGUAACCAAGAACAGUUGGUGGUUUUCACGUUUUAAGACUUCGAUCCACCCCACGAGAGCAAGUUAUUGUGGAAUUCUGUUUGGUGUAAAGUCCUUCCAGAGCGUGUGCUGUUCCGGAUGGCUGCAUGAGCCCGAGGCUCGUGUUCCUCCGGCAUUGUUGAGACUUAUCACAAGGGUGGAGCAACAGCUGAGGGCCUCCACUGUGGCAGGCAGUGCACAGUGGGAGUGUGGUAUGAGUGCUGCCACUGAUGCUCUGAAGCUACUAGCUUGUAUUGCCAAGCAGACAGUUGCAAAUCUGCAGCACCUGCCAGCUGCAGACAUGAAAUUUCAAACCAAGAGUGGCUACGUGGGCUCAGCUGCUACAGAAUUUACCUUUUUAUUUCAAUUUCAGAAAUUCCAAUUGGGCAAUUUUGAUCAUUUUCUAAGGAAUGUAAGCAAAGAAAAGCCAGUCAGCAAAAAAGAAGACCAGGAUAUAUACAAAUGUAUAAGCACUUUAAGUCCAGAAAUUGUAGAGCAUGAAGAUCAAGAUCCUCCUCACUCAAAAAGUUUACAAACUGAAGGUUCUUCUAAAUCUAAGAAUAUAUGUCCAAACCCAAGAGUACAGAUGUUUGACACAAAGAGUAAGUUGCCUCCUGAGCCAAGCAUCAGUGCAAAAAAGCCUUCAGAUACUAAAGAUAAGUUGAAAUAUGAGGCUACUAUUUGCACAGUAAAGACUUCAGGUAUUAAGAAUAAGUUGCCACUUGACUCUACUAUCAACACAGUAAAGUCUUCAGAUACUACGAAUAAACUAACUCAAUGCCCCCCCGCCAGGAACACAACAAAGUCCUCAGCUACUGUAACUAAGUCAGUUCAAAACCCCUGUAUGAACACAACAAAGACUUCGGUUACUAAGGCUAAGUUAGUCCAUGAGUCUGAUUGCAUAAAGAAAACGUUAGAAACUAAGUUAGAAGAAAAUCUAUUAAAUGUAUCUUCACCAAACCUCCAUGUAGAAUCAUCAAUGAGUAGAAAUUUAAUUACACCCAAUUGCUCAAAGUCAUCAAAUGUUACUUCUGAUAUAGAAAAUUUAAAGCAAUUAAUGGUACUUAAGUCAAUUUUAAAUCAAAAUCUGCAAGACUUCUCAGACAAGCUGUUUCCUAAGCCAGAAAUUUUUGUGGACUUUGAAGCAAUAAAGGACAGUUCUUCUUCACUCGCAUGCUUUCAAGACUCACCACCAAACAGUAGGGAAGAGGAAGCAUUUGCAAAAAUCCAAGAUAUAAACCAUUGGCUUUCAGACCAAAGCAUUUUAAGUUCAAAGACUCUUUUAAAUCAGGUUUUUAAAACUAUUCCUGACAAUGUCCUUCCUGACAAUGAUGUACUUCCUGACAAUGUCCUUCCAUCUCCAGAGGUAAAAGGUGUCUCUGAAAAUCACCUAGACAUUGAUGGGAGCAAUUUUCCAGUGAAAAAAAAGAAUUCUUCUAAAAAGAAACAUUUAAUAAUUGAACCUUCUAGCUUCAAAUCAGAUUUACGUGACCAAGAACAUGACAAUACCAUAAAGCAAAUAUUCACUGCACCAGUUUUCACACCGUUGGGAAUAGGAAGAAAGGAGCUGAAUGAGGCCCAGAUGAACUCGCCGAGUCAGUUGUCCACACCUUGCAACAGAAGUUCAUCUUUAUAUAGACCAGUCAAUGAGGGAGAAAAAGAUGAUAAAAUACAAUUAACACAGCCCAAAUCUUUUAUGAGCCAGAUAAUACAAACAUUUCCUGUAGAUACUCUUUUAGAAUCUGGGAUAAUCAAAGUGAUAGAACUCGAUAAAGAACACCAAAGCUCUUUGCCAAAUGCAGUGACAACCUCUUCUGAAGAAGAGUCGAAGGAUUGCACAGAAGGCAAAAACAAAACAGAAUCCUGGUCAGGGCAUAAUAUAUUUAGCAUUGCUCAAAAAACAAAUGCUCCUGUAAGUAGUGUUGAAUAUACAGAAGGUCUUCAGAAUAGGUCCGUACGAAAUGUGAAAUAUUCAAUACAAGAUGAAAAACCAGGCAUGUCAAGUGAAAUUCAGAGGCUUGAUAAAGAAGAAAGUGAUCUAAAUUAUACUUUAGAAAUGUUAAAUAACCCACUAAUGGGUAAUGUUAAUGAGCCCAAUGAAACAAUGUUAAAAUCCUUUUUAAGAAACAUCUUUAAUGUUUUUUUCAAAUAUAAUCAGACUGAAAGAAAGAGAAAACCAGAAAAAGAGCUAGAAAGUCUAAUUCAACGUUCUUUACCAAGUAAUACAGAAAACGUGGAAGAAAUGCAACUAAAUCUUCAUGAAACAGACAAAUUAGACAGAAAAUCGAUUUUGAGUCCAAAGCUACGUUUGUUUCUAGAAGAUCUCUCAGAGUCAGAAAUAAAAAAUUUAAAAUCUGAGUUAAGUAAACAUAUCCAGUGUUACCUUGUAGAAAGACUUUCACAGUCUGGUCAUAUGAACAAGGAAGACUUAGCAGAACUCUACCAAAAUCUGCAUUUCAUGCAUGAGAAAACAGAACUGAAAGACCAAAAUAUUUCUCAGGAGAAAUAUUCCGAAAUUGUAAAAGAGAUCAUGUCAUUUGUAAAUAAUUUUAACUAUCAUUUCAUCGACAAACAUUUAGAAAUAAAGCUAAAAUCUUUUUUAAAUGAAAUCCUCCAGAACUAUUUCCUAAAAAACAUUUCCGACAGUAGUUUAUUACAAGAGUCAGAAUCUGUAACAAACAUAUCUCCUCUAAGAACUGAAAGUGCUUCAAUAUCUUUGCAUGACUUAGCCCAAGGUAUUACAAAGGGAAGUUUUAGUCAGAGGCUUGAAAUAAACAUGAAAUAUCCCUUAAGUGAAUCUCUACAAAAUAAUCUUCGCACUUUAUCAGAGAAUAAAUUACUAAGUAUCAGAACUGAUUUAACCAAACAUGUUCAGGAUCUUUUUAUAGAUAAACUUUCAAAAUCAGGACUAAUGACAGAAAGGCAAUUAAAGGGGAUCAAUCAGCAUAUAAGUUUGUGUAAUCCUACUUGUAUACCAUUAGAAUGCAAAGAAAAAGGUUUGCCUUUUAGAAACGAAGAUUACUUCAUGGAGGAACAUACAGAAAAGCAAAACAAAUAUUCAGAAACUGGUCAAAAUACUCUGCAAAAUGCUCCUGGGGAUACAGGUAUAGAAACAGAACUGAUGACAAAGGAAGAAAAGGGCAAUCCAUUCUUAUUCAAUGUAAAAGAAGAUCCAUCAACAAGGAAAGAAAACCAUUAUUCUAGAGAAGGAGUAAAAACAUUAAGUUUAACAAAAGUACAAUCUACUUUCAACCAAAGUACCCCAGUGAUUCCUUUAAAUAAGUCCUCCGAAGGACUUGCAGAGCUGGUGCUUAAGAAACACAAGAAAGACCAUGGCUUCAUACAACUUACUCAAGCAGAAAAUUCUGUUUAUAAUACAGAUACUCCAGACCUACAUAGUUGGGAUGAUAAACCAAAAAUGAUACAGUCAAAAGAUUACUUUGAGAGGAAACUGGAAGCAAAUCCUCUUGGAAGCAGGGAGAGUAUUAAUAUUUGUAAGUUGACUGUUCGGGAAAAUCCUGUAGCAGCAUUGUCACCAUAUCCAAGAAUUCCUAGUGACAAAAUGCCAGGGGAAGAUGACCACUUAAAUAGAUUCACUUUCUCUUCCUGGCAAACUAACACCGUAAUUCAGUUCAAUUCAGAGAGUGAGGAACCAUCAAAAUUAGACCAGUAUUGUCAGAGAUUAAAAGGAAAUAACAACAACAAUAAAGAACACUUAAUAACCUUUACACAAUUCAAGAAAGAAAUACAAACUCUUUGUGUAAACCCAAGUGAAAUUUGCAGUAAAAAAUAUGCCAAGACUCCUGAAGCACAAUCAUUUAAAGAUGAAGAAAACUCAAAAACAUCCUUUUUCCCAGAAGUAUUGAAGAGAGAAAACAUAAAAUUCAAAGUUCGAAAAGAAAAAGAAACUAUUGCCAAACCAAAAAGGUCACUUGACAAGAUGGUAGGGAUGCCAUCUAACACACUGCCUGCUGCCAGAAUUGAUCCAAAGAAAUCUGUCCCAAGGACUUUGCCUCAGUGCACUGCAAGAAGUACUAUACAUGAUUAUUUGGAUAAAUUUGAGGAUUUACAUGUAACCUCGCUUAACCAUCUUAAAAACUCACAAUCAAGAACAAGACUUUUAGAAAGGAACCCAGAUGACAGCUAUAAUCAGGCAAAACACUGUAUAAGACCGUACACUGCGCCAGAGACUAACAAACGACGAGGGAGUGCCACUGGAAAAUUCUCAUGUCCUCGAAUUAUUACAGCAGACUCACGUUACAUGUGCAGUAGAACCCCAAACUAUUAGAUGUAUAAAAUGUGGCCCAAAAAAUUAAGGGAGGAUGUUGAAUAAUGUUCACUUGUACUAUAUGCAGGUGUUAAACAGUUCAAAAUAAUAUGAGGCUAAUUAGUGUACCAUUUCUCCACUAAUGAAAUUGUUUGGAGAGCUGUACAUGGCUGUAAUAGAAUAGUCAGUAAUGAAACUUCAUCUUGUUCAAAC